CUUCAUCUGCGAACGCCUUAUGGCGGUCUAGAAGUCUACUUAAGUCGGCACCUCUCUGGAUGCCGAGCUGCCAGCUGUGCUGGAUCGUCUGACGAAAGAAAGGCUGUAAUCCUUCCGUCAAGCCCAUGCCAUAAGGUAUAUAUGACUCGCGCUGCGCCUCAGCAGACCGCCUAGAAAUGCUUGGUUGAGACUCGGCUGCUUGUCUCACGAUGCCCUCUAUUUUGGAUUACUUUCGGAGCAGCCGCUCCAGAUACACGCCCCUCCCGGACGAUGAGGCGCCCAAUGAGUCUUGGAUUGAGGUUGAGCCCAACCAUCCCGCGGCCGACCAGGAGGCAAAUGCCCGGCGCGAAGGGACCAGGCGCGUCGUCAAGCUCGCGGCCGUCCUACUGCUGCUGGUGAUGGUUGGCUUCCUGGCGGUAGCCUUUUCACGAUCCACGCCCCGAAAAUGCGAUACCCCUGACCGGGGCUUUCAGUGCGGCAAGACCCUGUCCCAUUCCUGGGGCCAAUACUCGCCCUACUUCACGGUGCCGUCCGAGAUUGACGCUUCGAUCCCCAAGAGUUGCGAAUUGACCAUGGUGCAAGUGCUCUCCCGUCACGGAGCGAGGGCCCCAACGCAGCACAGGGCGGAUUUUUACGCCAGCGUCAUCGACCGGAUCCAUGACUCCGUCACGUCAUACGGCCCUGGCUACGAAUUCCUGAAGACCUACCAGUACACGCUGGGCGCAGACCAGCUGACCCGCAUGGGCCAGCAGCAGAUGGUCAACUCUGGGCUCAAGUUCUACCGCCGCUACCGCUCGCUGGCGCGCAAGACCAUCCCCUUCUUGCGCACCGCCGGCCAAGACCGCGUCGUGCACUCGGCCCAGAACUUCACACGCGGCUACCACGAUGCCCUCCUUGGCGACCGCAAAGCCACCGCACCGCGCGACUUCCCCUACGAGAUGGUCGUCAUCCCGGAGACGCCGGCCACCAACAACACCCUCCACCACAGCCUCUGCCCAGCCUUCGAGGACGGCAUCUACUCGUCCGUCGGCAGCGACGCCCAGUCCGUCUACGAGUCCGUGUUCGCCCUGCCCAUCACAGCCCGACUGAACGCCCACCUUCCCGGCGCCAAUCUCUCGGACGCCGACACCAUCGCCCUGAUGGACCUCUGCCCCUUCGAAACGGUCGCCUCGGCGUCGGGCCAGCUCGCCCCCUUCUGCCGCCUCUUCACGCCCUCGGAGUGGCAGUCCUACGAUUAUUACCAGUCGCUGGGCAAAUGGUACGGCUUCGGGCUGGGCAACCCGCUCGGCCCGACGCAAGGGGUGGGGUUCGUCAACGAGCUGCUCGCGCGGCUCACGCGGACGCCCGUGCGCGACGGGACCAGCACGAACCGCACGCUGGAUGCGGACGCGCGGACGUUCCCGCUCGACCGGGCGCUGUAUGCCGAUUUCAGUCAUGACAACGACAUGAUGGGCGUGCUGGGCGCGUUGCGGGUGUAUGACGACGUCGGGAUGCUGGAUAACACGACCCGGCACGGACCGGAGGAGGCGGGCGGGUUUGCGGCGAGCUGGGCUGUGCCGUUUGCCGCGAGGGUGUAUGUCGAGAAGAUGCGCUGCGGGACCGGGAAGCAUGAACGUGAGCAAGAGGAGAGGGUGAGGGUGCUGGUGAAUGACCGGGUUGUGCGGUUGAAGGGGUGCGGCGCGGAUAAGAGGGGCAUGUGUGAGCUUGGGAGGUUCGUCGAGAGCAUGGCCUUCGCGAGGGGGGAUGGGAGGUGGGAUUCAUGUUUCGGUUGAUACCCUACGUUGAGAAAUAUCAUGAAUCAUGAUACUAGACUGUCUGUGGAGGAUGAACCGAUGAGGUGCGCAGACUCGGUUGACUCUAGGAACUGAGAAGAGUUCCAAGGCCGCCAGUUCUACUCCCGCAAAUAAGCUCCGCCACAAGUGCAAAUGCUAGAGCCCCCAAAAGGAGGAAUAUACCUCAAGGUAUU